GAAGCACACUUCUAUCUACGCGCGCACGUGAAAGAAAAUGCCCCCUGAAGCUGAACACAGUUUACGUAAAUAAUAUGAAACAGAUUACGCUCGGUGACGGAUAGCGAACAUGUGGAGGUUCAGCUCUGUCCCGAGGCGGAUCUCCUGUCUCUUCCCGCUCAGAAAGGCGCGGACUCUCAGGCACUUUUCCAUUUUUUUGGUGAAACACAGCACAGUUUGGCCUGCUUCUGUGCGGGCUUCCCCUGUGUGCCUUCGCUUACCCCGCCUGGCUGAGGUCAGUUUUUCCAGGAGCUUCAGAAAGAAUGCCACGUCCACAUUGGAUUUCCCUAUCACGCCUAUCACUGUGACAGACAUCAAGCAGUACCUGCGCUCCAAGGACAUCCCGUUCCACGAUGGCUACAGCUGUUUGCACGCACCCAGCAUCUUCCUGGAGCCUACAGAGGCUACUGGAAGGGACGCGUUCACGCUGUUCAUUGAUAAGACCACAGGACAGUUUCUGUGCAAGGAGACGCUAGUGGAGGGCAGCUGGGAAGACCUGCAAGACUGCAUGGAGGUGAUGCGGCAGGACGGUCGCUCAUCCCUCAGCCCCAACGUGCUGCUGGGAUACCCGGAGAGCCCGGAGGAGGAGGAGGUGAGGGUGAUGGAGCUGCGUGAGGUGCAGAGGAUCUGGUCGGCCUCCGUCUCCUUCUCCGACCUUCUGGAUGAGGAGGCGCAGCUGGUCAAAACCAUGUUCCAGAUGGCCAAGGUCACCAACGCCACACUCAAGCGGUUCGGCGUGAGGUUCUUUAAGCCCACCAAGAGCCUGGUGUUUCCCUGGUUCGGCGGGCGGGACUCCAGCUUGCGGGGGCUCAAGCUCCUGACGGCCAAGUGCGACCAGGACGGCUCCGUGACCUACGCCGACGCCACCUUGCCCAAGCCGUCGGCCUACCACAACCUGUUCGGCCUCCCGCUGGUGGGCCGCAAGGACUCGGAGGUGGUGCUGACAGGCCGGGAGGUGGACGCCCUGGCGGUGAGCCAGGCCACUGGGCUCCCGAGCCUCACCCUGCCCCGGGGGGUCAGCUGCCUUCCGCCCGUCCUCCUGCCCUACCUGGAGCAGUUCAAGCGGGUGACGCUGUGGCUCGGCGGCGACAUGACCUCCUGGGAGGCCUCCAAGAUCUUCUCCCGAAAGCUCGGCCUCAAGCGCUGCUCCCUGGUCCGGCCGGGGGAGGAGCAGCCAUCCCCCGGCGAGGCCCUGGAGAGGGGCCGGAACCUCUCGCGAAUACUCAAGGCCUCCAUACCCGCCAGCCACAAGUCCAUCGUCUCCUUCCGCCAGCUGAGGGACGACGUCUACGGGGAGCUGGCUAACACGGAACUGGUGGCCGGGGUCAAGUGGGGCCGCUUCCCCGACCUCAACAAGAUCCUGAAGGGACACCGGAAGGGAGAGCUCACCGUCUUCACAGGUCCCACGGGCAGCGGGAAGACCACUUUCAUAAGCGAGUUUGCCCUGGACCUGUGCAGUCAGGGCGUGAACACGCUGUGGGGCAGCUUCGAGAUCAACAACGUGCGUCUCGCCAAAAUCAUGUUGACCCAGUUCUGUAUGCAGCGACUCGAGGACAACCUGGAGCAGUAUGAUGCCUGGGCGGACAAGUUUGAGGACCUCCCCCUCUACUUCAUGACCUUCCACGGACAGCAGAACAUCAAAAAUGUGUUGGACACCAUGCACCAUGCUGUGUAUCUGUACGACAUCAGCCACGUGGUCAUUGAUAACCUCCAGUUCAUGAUGGGCCAGGAGAACCUCUCUGUGGACAAGUUCGCUAUCCAGGACCGCAUCAUUGGGGCCUUCAGGAAGUUCGCCACACACAGCAGCUGUCACGUGACCCUGAUCAUCCACCCCAGGAAGGAGGAGGACGACAAGGAGCUGCAAACAGCCUCCAUUUUCGGCACGGCCAAGGCCAGCCAAGAGGCAGACAACGUGCUCAUCCUCCAGGAGAAGAAGUUGGUGACCGCCCCGGGCCGGAGGUCCUUGCAGAUAGCCAAGAACCGCUUCGAUGGAGACGUGGGCAUCUUCGCCCUGGAGUUCAACAAGUCCUCCCUCACCUUCUCUCCUCCCCAGAAGGGCAAGAACAAGCUUCGCAAGGUCAAUGGCGACAAGUCUGACACCCCGGAGAAGGUGGAGAAGGUGGGGAAGGUGGAGAAGGUGGAGAAGCUCCCCCGGGCCACAAAGGCCCCCAAGGUGGAGAAAGGGCCAGCGAGGGUAGGGGGGAAGGGUGCUGUGGGGGGCUCUGCCAAGGGUUCGGCUGGGGUGGGAGGGGAGAAGCAGAAAACUGGGUGUGAGGAGGGGUGACCCAAACUCCGACUGCACGUUGAGGUUUGCCUGACUGAAAGAGUUCCGGUUAAGAGUAUGUGUUCAGAGAGGCACAAGGUAUGACUGAAAGCAUUUCAAUUUAUGCUGUAACUUGUAAUGGACUUAAAUCAUUUACAUAAUGUGAAUCAACAGCUUAUUGGCGAGGUGUUUCAUGGUAUAUCUACCAUGGAUGAUUUUUCCUCUGAAAGGAGUGUAUUUCUAUGGUUUCUAACUAAAGAGUAUUUUUUCAUAAGGAAAGUAAGUGGUAAGUGACUACUGAAGAAUGAAAUUCAAAAAGCACUGACAACCUUGGUCCAUUUUGAAAUAAGAGUUGGCAUUCUUGCUUGAUGAUUACAUUAAUGCACUGGUCAAUAUUACUAAUUAAAUUAAUUAAAAUAACUUGACAAACGAUUAAUCAGUUACUGAUUUAAGCCACACCAACCUCCCCAAAAGUAUUGAAAUGGUUGAGGAAUGUAAACAUUGACCAUUAAAAGCAUGUGUUGGAAGUUUUAACCAAGACUGCAAUGAAGAUAAGCUAUCUUCCGUUAGUACUACAUAUAUACUGUGAAAAUGAUUUCACUUCUUGGUAUGGCAUUUUCAUAAAAUGAUACUGGCUGAUAUUGAUCAGUGUUUCUUCU